AUGGGGCGCCGGCCAGCGAGAUGUUAUCGCUACUGUAAAAACAAGCCAUACCCAAAAUCCCGGUUCUGCCGUGGUGUACCAGAUCCUAAGAUUCGUAUCUUCGACUUGGGUAAGAAGAAAGCCGCUGUGGACGACUUCCCUCUGUGCGUGCACCUCGUAUCAGACGAGUAUGAACAGCUGAGCUCGGAGGCCCUGGAGGCCGGCCGUAUCUGUUGUAACAAGUACCUCGUGAAGAACUGCGGCAAGGACCAGUUCCACAUCCGCAUGAGGCUGCAUCCAUUCCACGUUAUCCGCAUCAACAAAAUGUUAUCGUGCGCUGGAGCUGAUAGGCUCCAGACAGGGAUGAGAGGUGCCUUUGGUAAGCCCCAAGGUACCGUAGCUCGAGUUCGCAUCGGACAGCCAAUCAUGUCGGUGCGCUCCAGCGACAGGUGGAAGGCGCAAGUUGUUGAAGCUCUGCGUCGUGCCAAGUUCAAGUUCCCCGGCCGUCAAAAGAUCUACAUCUCCAAGAAAUGGGGUUUCACCAAGUAUGACCGUGAUGAGUUCGAGCAGCUCCGUGAGGAAGGCCGUCUGGCCAACGACGGAUGUAACGUGAAGUACCGCCCCGAACAUGGACCACUCGACUCGUGGAGGAAGGUCCAGACAGAGAUACAUAAUGUUUGA